CAGAAUCAGUUCGAAAAAGUCGGUCUCAGUGAGGAGAACACACCGAGGAAACCAGUGGAAUACAGUUUACCAGGAUAUAAAAGGAUUACCGGAAUGCGUCGAUCUGUGUUGCUGCUCCUUAUGUCGGCCAUUGUGCUAGGUGUGGCAAGUUCUUUGGACUCCGAGGAUUCUGAUUAUAAUCACCUAUCGGGGCAGCAGCUGUACAGCGGUGUCGAACAAAUUAUCAGCAAGCGAGCUGCCAGGGACACUAGUAGCAGCACCUUUGAGGAUCUCACGGAUGGUGUCGAUGAGCUGGUACGCGAUAAUAUGGAAAGCGUAAUGGAAUCCUCUUCGGGGGAUGUGAGGUACAGGAACUUAUAUCUCCUGGCCCAUAUUUGCCCAGAUGCUGACUUUAGCGAGUUGGAGAAUGGAAGUACCAUAAGUUCUAGAAUUGAAAUACGUGAUAUGUAUGCGAUUUGUAAUGACUUACCUAGAAAACAUUCUUUCUUCUAAAUUAAAAACAAAAAUUCCAAAAAUUCCCAAAGCUACAAAAUUCUUAUGAAAUUUCUUUUACCCAGGCAUGUGACCCCUGACCCAUUAGUCAUUCGCCUUAUCAGUAACACCAUCGUUAUCACGACAGCAGUCGUCAAAGUGGCCAACGGUCAUUUUUUAUGUUUAUUUACGAUUUUAAAUUAACGAUGUACUCAUGAGAACUAAAUAUAAAGCUUACUUUCCUGGAAUGAUUUGUAAAA